AUGCCUCGUGGAAGUUGGAAGUUACUGUUUCUGUCGCGUCUACUGGUCGUUUCUUACGCAAACGACAAUCUCAUGGCCCGAGAUUAUUUUGUGUAUAAGGACGUGUCCAACGUCGUGGGGUUUUCCUGCGGCGGUCUCGAAAGCGACGUGAAAUUCGCGAGGACGUUCAACGAAGUCUUCGUACUCACGUCGAUAUGCAGCCUCGGAUCCGUGAACGGAUCGUCGAUACGUAGCCUUAGGAGGCUUUUGCAGAACAACUAUCGCAAUUUAGGCGUUUACGUGGACGCGCGAUGCGGCGGUCACAAUUACACCCUAAUAUAUUCCGAGGCUACGAAAUCUUUCUUGUUCGACGAGACGCACAAAUGGCUGAUUUUGGGACGAAAGCUGGCCGACACCGUGAGCUUAUUGAACGACGAUUCCUUCGGUGUGGUGACCGACAUUACAAUUGCCAUCGAGACCGUCACCGGUUUCGAUUUGUACGACGUGUAUAAUCCUUGCAAAGCGCGCGGCGGCUCCUUGAACGUAACCGCCCUGGGUUACUGGACCGAGAAAUCUGGCAUGGCGAUCAGACUGAAGCAGUCGAAGUACGAGAGAAGAUCCAAUUUGCACGGCAUGAAGCUCAAAGUCGGAGUCUUACUGCCGCGUAAGUUCUACAACUUGUCCACGGAGGAUAUCGUGCUGGACCAAGAUAUGAAAGCGAAAUACGGUCGCUCCCAAUUCCUGUAUAUGAUCUUGCUGCACAUGGCUGAUCUCUUUAACUUUACUAUAGAAAUCGUGGAGGUGGACCCGAGAAAGCGGCAGGACAUGUCCGCGCCGAUGUUCGUCGCUUUUCAGAAAAAGACGGUGGACAUCUCGGCCAGUCCAAUCGUGAUGAAAGCGGAGAGAUUACGAUCCGGAGAUAUUAUCGGUCCAAUAUGGCCGAUGCGAUCGUGCUUUCUAUUUCGGACAAUAUCCUCGGCGAAUUUCAAAACGAAGCAGUUUUUGCGACCGUUAAACAUUAAGGUCUGGUACGUUGUACUCUGCACGAUGGUAGUCGCCGCGUCCAUUCUGAUAAUAUUGAUCAGGCAGGAAGGCGUUUACAGUUUGCCGGAGGCCUGCAGCAUUUGUAUUCUUCUUACGAUAGGCGCCGUUUCCCAGCAAGGUUCCGUGUUCGUUCCGGUGCAUUACGCGGGUCGCAUAGCAUUCAUACACAUCAUGCUAUUCAGCGUGUUGAUCCUGAAUUACUAUUCGGCGAGCAUCGUGUCUGAUCGAUUAAAGAACGUAGGCGUGAAGAUGAACGACUCGUUGAUCAGCCUGGCGGACAGUUACUUGAAAGUGGCGGCCGAACCAACGCCGUACAUUCGUUCUUUUUUGCAGGCACCGGAGAAGGAGAUACGGUAUUUUAACGCGAAACGGUGGGACAAGCUGCCGGAGUCAAAGCGUUAUCUACCACUGACGGAGGGCCUGAAUCGCGUGGCUACCGGCGGCCUGGCCUAUCACACGUCAAUCGAGAGCGCGUAUCCGUAUAUUGAGCGGCACUUUCAUCCGCGGAUGAUAUGCGAGCUGACGGAGGUCCAUCUCUUUCGCGCGGUCCUCGCCCUUUGGGGCAGGCACAGAAGCCCGUUCACCCCGCUGUUGAGAAUCGGCUUGACCAAAAUGUAUGAUAUGGGCAUACGCAAGCGACAGCUGAAAUUCUGGUCGGCGAGGAGACCGUUUUGCCCGAAAAACAUGCUAGUCGCCGAACCGCUGUCGAUCCAGGAAGCUACGCCCGUUUUAGUGUUCGUUGGUAUUGCCACCGUGUUGUCUAUCGUGAUCUGCAUAAUGGAGAACCUUAUUUAUUGGAUCUGGCCCCGAUUAUCAAUAUCUACCAACGGACUACGGAGCAAACUGCAGUGUUGUCCGACGAGAAACGACGCACCAAUUUCGCCGGGCGAAAUAUUCUCGCGCGAAUGAUCAAAUAACAUGUUAUUAUUUCUAUACGCCACUUCCAUAUUCUGACGCUUGUUCAAUUAGAUUUUAUCACGGACAGCUUGUGUGUGUUUAUUCAUUAAACGUACGUGCAAAUAAUUGAUCACCAUCGUGUGCGAUUUGCUGUAGCUCGACAGUGACACGUUCUCUAGUUUUUCAUUCCCCCGACGGAAUGUCGUAGCGGAAUGUAAAUAAACGAUAAGGCACGUACGAUUUCAAGAUAUCGUGUUUAAUAUUGAAUCGAUGCUGAAAAAUUCAAAGCACGUUGCAGCCGACCCGUGCAAACUUAAUCGAGCUGCAUUUCUAUUUCGGUUAGCUCUUUCGUUUCUUCGCAUUCAUGUGUGCAGGUUCGCCGUUCCGCAGGACUUUUAAUUACUUUUCCCGCAGCGAUAUGCGUAAAUUCAAGCACGGUGGAGCGUAUGUGGCACUCUUCUUCGCUCUAUUGCGAUUCACUUGCAACGCUAACCCGAGAGACAGCGACUUUAUUCGCGACUAUUUCGUGAAAAAGGCAGUGCGAAAUGUUGUGGGAUUCUCUUGCGGAGAUUUCACGAGUAGGUGAAGCUAUAGCUUGUAAAAUAUGAAAUCAUAAAGUGCUUUUUAACAAAGC